CUUGGCUUUGCAAGCCAGUCGCUAUUUCUUUUAUAGGGCUAGACAGCUAGUUUGCUAGCUAUAGCUAAAUGUUUCGUAACAUGCGAUGCUGCACUAGUCGUGUGAAAAAGAGGCACACGAGGAUAAGGAAUUAACAUUAAGGCGCCCCUGCCUUCAGUUUUUAUAUUUUGUUCAUUUGUGCGAUUUAAAAAAAAAAAAUAAGAAUACUGUGCGAGACGUAGCAAUUGAAGAUCUUUUCCCUUUUUGUAUCUCCAAAUAGCCCUCACUAGCUGGUUAGCUGGCAGCCUAGCCAGCUACCAGAUACAUCCACAAGAACGAAGGGUCGGUAGCGUUUUGGCGAGCUAGCAAACUAGCUACCCAAAAAGGGUGGAUGUUGCACCCCCUGCUCCAGUCACCAUGAGCACCAUCUCCCCCACCGACUACGACAGCCUGGAGAUCCAGCAGCAGUACAACGACAUCAACAACCGCUGGGACCUGGCCGCAGAGACAGACUGGGACAAUGAGAACAGCUCUGCGCGACUAUUUGAGCGCUCGCGCAUCAAGGCCCUGGCAGAUGAGCGUGAGGCAGUGCAGAAGAAGACCUUCACCAAGUGGGUGAACUCUCACCUGGGCCGGGUCACCUGCCGCAUCGGGGACCUGUACACCGACCUGCGCGAUGGCCGCAUGCUCAUCCGCCUGCUGGAGGUGCUGUCCGGGGAGCAGCUGCCCAAGCCCACCAAGGGCCGCAUGCGCAUCCACUGCCUGGAGAAUGUGGACAAGGCGCUACAGUUCCUCAAGGAGCAGAAGGUCCACUUGGAGAACAUGGGUUCCCAUGACAUCGUGGACGGCAACCACCGCCUCACUCUGGGCCUCAUCUGGACCAUCAUCCUCCGCUUCCAGAUCCAGGACAUCAGCGUGGAGACGGAGGACAACAAGGAGAAGAAAUCUGCCAAAGACGCACUUCUCCUUUGGUGCCAGAUGAAGACAGCUGGCUACCCCAACGUCAACGUGCACAACUUCACCACCAGCUGGAGGGACGGCCUGGCUUUUAACGCCAUCGUGCACAAACACAGACCAGACCUGAUUGAGUUUGACACUCUGAAGAAGUCCAAUGCUCACUACAACCUGCAAAAUGCUUUCAAUCUGGCGGAGAAGGAGCUGGGCCUCACCAAGCUGCUGGACCCUGAGGAUGUCAACGUUGACCAGCCGGACGAGAAGUCAAUCAUCACCUAUGUGGCCACCUACUACCACUACUUCUCCAAGAUGAAGGCCCUGGCAGUGGAGGGGAAGAGGAUCGGGAAGGUGCUGGACUACGCCAUUGAGGCGGAUCAGCUGAUAGAGAAGUAUGAAACCCUGGCAUCGGAGCUGCUGCUGUGGAUCGAGCAGACCAUCCUCACUCUCAACGACCGGAAGCUGGCCAACUCACUGAGCGGCGUGCAGAACCAGCUGCAGGCCUUCAACACCUACCGCACCGUGGAGAAGCCACCCAAGUUCACAGAAAAGGGAAACCUGGAGGUCCUUCUCUUCACCAUCCAGAGCAAGAUGAGAGCCAACAACCAGAAGGUCUACAUGCCCAGAGAGGGCAAGCUCAUCUCCGACAUCAACAAGGCGUGGGAACGGCUGGAGAAGGCGGAGCAUGAGCGGGAGUUGGCGCUACGGGACGAGCUGAUUCGCCAGGAGAAGCUGGAGAUGCUGGCAGCACGCUUCGACCGCAAGGCUGCCAUGAGGGAGACCUGGCUGAGCGAGAACCAGCGCCUGGUCUCACAGGACAACUUCGGCACGGACCUGGGCGCGGUGGAGGCGGCCACGCGGAAGCACGAGGCCAUUGAGACGGACAUCGGCGCGUACGGCGAGCGCGUGGCGGCCGUGGAGGCGGUGGCGCGGGAGCUGGAAGAGGAGCAGUACCACGACGUGCGCAGGGUGCUGGCCCGCCGGGACAACGUGCUACGCCUCUGGGAGUACCUGAAGGAGCUGCUGGCCUCCCGCAGGGAGAGGCUGCAGGCCCACAGGGACCUGCAGAGGCUGCUGGAGGAGAUGAGAUACAUCAUGGACUGGAUGGAGGACAUGAAGGGACGCGUGCAGUCCCAGGACAUCGGGAAGCACCUGCAUGAUGUGGAGGACCUGCUACAGAAGCACACUCUUGUGGAGGCCGACAUCGCUGCCCAGGCCGAGCAGGUCCGCAGUGUGCAGAGUGCUGCCCAGCGCUUCACCAGCGCCGAGCAGGGGUACAAGCCGUGUGAGCCGGGGCUGGUGGCAGAGAGGGUGGCACUGCUGGGCCGGGCGUAUGAGGAGCUGGGCGCACUGGCGGCGGAGAGGCGGGGCCGGCUGGACGACUCGCGCCGUCUCUGGCAGUUCCUGUGGGAGCUGGGCGAGGAGGCGGCCUGGAUCCGUGAGCAGGAGCAGAUCCUGGCGAGCGGAGACUGCGGCCGCGACCUCAGCUCCGCCCUGCACCUGCUCAGCAAGCAUGAGGCCUUCUGCGACGAGAUGGCCGCCCGCUACGCCCCGCUGGGCAACAGCAUCGCCGCCGGGGAGGCCCUGGUGCAGGAGGACCACUUCGGCGCCCCUGAGGUGACCGAGAGGAUCAGGGACAUUCGCACACAAUGGGAGCACCUUGAGCAGACGUCCCAGCAGCGUGAGCGCUCCCUGAAGGAGGCGGUGGCGCUGUACCAGUUCCAGACGGAUGCCAACGACAUGGAGGCGUGGAUCCAGGAGACGCUGCGCCGGGUGACGAGCUCAGACGUGGGGCAUGACGAGUUCUCCACGCAGACGCUGGCACGCAAGCAGCGCGAGGUGGAGGAGGAGAUCCAGAGCCACCGGCCGCUCAUCGACUCUUUGCACGAGCAGGCGCUCUCCCUGCCGCCCGAGCAUGCCCGCUCCCCCGAGGUGGAGGGGCGCCUGCCCGCCAUAGAGCAGCGCUAUGAGGAGCUGGAGUCCCUGUCUGCGGAGCGCCGGCAGGCCCUGGAGGGGGCGCUGGCCCUGUAUCGCAUGUUCAGCGAGGCGGACGCCUGCCUGCUGUGGGUGGGUGAGAAGGAGCAGUGGCUCAACAGCAUGGAGAUCCCAGAGAAGCUGGAGGACCUGGAGGUUGUGCAGACAAGGUUUGAGACCCUGGAAACAGAGAUGAAUAACAUGGGCAGCCGCAUAACUGAUGUGAACCAGGUGGCCCAGCAGUUGCUGAGCACAGACAACUGCAGCAAGGAGCAGAUCCACCAGACCCAGGAUCAGCUCAAUUCCAGGUGGAAGGAGUUCCAGCAGUUAGCUGGCCAGAGGAGGCAGGAGCUGGACUCGGCACUCAACAUCCAGAACUACCAUCUGGAGUGCAACGAGAUCCAGAGCUGGAUGAAGGAGAAGACCAAGGUGAUUGAAUCCACCCAGAGCCUGGGCAACGACCUGGCUGGAGUCAUGGCCCUGCAGCGCAAACUCACAGGGAUGGAGCGCGACCUGGAGGCCAUUCAGGGCAAGUUGGACGACCUGCGGCGGGAGGCAGAGAAGCUCGCCGGGGAGCACCCGGACCAGGCGCAGGAGAUCCAGGCGAGACUGGCGGAGAUGCAGGAGGUAUGGGAGGAGCUGAACGGCACCAUGAAGCGGCGCGAGGAGAGCCUGGGUGAGGCCAGCAAGCUGCAGGGCUUCCUGCGUGACCUGGACGACUUCCAGGCCUGGCUGUCGCGCACCACGACAGCCGUGGCCUCCGAGGACGAGCCCACCUCUCCGCCCGAGGCCGAGCGGCUGCUCGCCCAGCACCGCGCCAUCCGCAGCGAGCUGGACGACUACCGCGAGGACUACGAGAGGAUGCGCGCCCUGGGCGAGGAGGUGACUAGCGGCCAGACCGACGCCCAGCACAUGUUCCUGGGCCAGCGGCUGCAGGCGCUGGACACGGGCUGGCACGAGCUGCACCAAAUGUGGGAGAGCCGGCACAGUGUGCUGGCCCAGGCCCUGGACCUGCAGACCUUCUUGCGCGAUGCCAAGCAGGCCGAGGGCUUCCUCAACAGCCAGGAGUAUGUGCUGUCCCACACAGAGAUGCCGUCCAGCCUGCAGGGGGCCGAAGAUGCCAUCAAAAAGCAUGAGGACUUCCUCACCACCAUGGAGGCCAGCGAGGACAAGAUCCUCGGCGUAGUGGAGGCUGGGCAGCGCCUGGUCGAGGAACACAAUGCCAACUCUGACAAGAUCCAGGAGAAGGCCGACUCCAUCCUGGAGAGGCACCAGAAGAACAAACAGGCAGCCAAUGAACUCUUGGCAAAACUUAAAGACAACCGCGAGCUGCAGCACUUCCUGCAGGAUGGACAGGAGCUGAGCCUGUGGAUCAACGAGAAGAUGCUGACAGCCCAGGACAUGUCAUACGAUGAGGCCCGCAACCUCCACAGCAAGUGGCAGAAGCAUCAGGCCUUCAUGGCUGAGCUGCAGUCCAACAAGGACUGGCUGGACAAGAUCGACAAGGAGGGGCAGGCGCUGGUGACUGAGAAGCCCGAGCUGGAGCCCGUGGUGAGGCAGACCCUCGAGGGGCUGCAGCGGCAGUGGGAGGAGCUGGAGGCCGCCACCCAGACCAAGGCGCAGUGCCUCUUCGAUGCCAACAGGGCGGAGCUCUUCACCCAGAGCUGCUCGGCCCUGGAUGCCUGGGUGAAGAACCUGUCUACUCAGCUGCAGAGCGACGACUACGGCAAAGACCUGACCAGCGUCAACAUCCUGCUCAAGAAGCAUCAGAUGCUGGAGCACCAAAUGGAGGUGCGGGAGAAGGAGGUGCAGGCGCUGAAGUCCCAGGCCUUGGCGCUGUCCCAGGAGGACGCGGGGCUGGUGGAGGUGGACAGCCAGCAGCGGAGCGUGGCCGACAGCUUCACCCACCUGCAGGACCCCCUGCGCCUGAGGCACCAGCGCCUCUUGGCCUCCAAGGAGGCCCACCAGUUCAAGCGUGACCUGGAGGACGAGAUCCUGUGGGUGAGGGAGAAGAUGCCGCUGGCCACCUCUACUGACCAUGGCAAGGACCUGCCCAGCGUUCAGCUGCUCAUCAAGAAGAACCAGACCCUGCAGAAGGAGAUCCAGGGCCAUCAGCCGCGCAUCGAUGACAUCCAGGCGCACGGGCGAUCCAUGCGGCCAGGCGAGGAGGGCGCCGAGGCCCUGGAGGGACGCCUGGCCGAGCUGCAGCAGUCCUGGGACCAGCUGAUCGCCGAGACAGACAAGCGGCACACCCGCUUGCUGGAGGCCAACCGCGCCCAGCAGUUCUACACGGAUGCGGCCGAGGCCGAGGCCUGGAUGGGAGAGCAGGAGCUGCACAUGAUGUCAGAGGAGAAGGCCAAGGAUGAACAGAGCGCUAUGGUGAUGGUAAAGAAGCACCAGACAGUGGAGCAGGCCCUGGAGGACUAUGCCCAGACCAUCCACCAGCUGGCCAAUAGCAGCAGACUCAUGGUGACCAAUGAGCACCCGGAGAGUGAGCGGAUCACACUACGGCAAGCGCAAGUGGACAAGCUGUACGCGGGGCUGAAGGACCUGGCAGAGGAGAGGCGGGGCCGGCUACAGGAGCGCCUGAGGCUCAUGCAGCUCAAGAGGGAGGUGGACGACCUGGAGCAGUGGAUCUCCGAGAGGGAGGUGGUGGCCGGCUCCCACGAGCUGGGCCAGGACUACGAGCAUGUCACGAUGCUGCGGGACAAGUUCCGGGAGUUUGCGCGGGAUACCAGCAACAUCGGGCAGGAGCGCGUAGACGCAGUGAACGCGCUGGCGGACGACCUGAUCGAGUCGGGCCACCCGGAGAACGCCAGCGCGGCUGAGUGGAAGGACGGGCUGAAUGAGGCCUGGGCCGACCUGCUGGAGCUGGUGGACACGCGCACGCAGAUGCUGGCCGCCUCCUACGAGCUGCACCGCUUCCACCAGGACGCGCGCGAGGCGCUGGGCCGCGUGCGCGAGAAGCACGAGGCGCUGUCUGCCGAGCUCGGCCGCGACCUCAACUCCGUGCAGCACCUGCACCGCCAGCAUACUGCCUUCGAGCACGACAUCCAGGCGCUCAGCGGACAGGUGCGGCAGGUGCAGGAGGACGCGGCACGACUGCAGAAGGCCUAUGCAGGCGAGAAGGCUGAGGACAUCCAGAAGCAUGAGCGGGCCGUGUCCGACGCCUGGGAGGCCCUGCUGUCGGCCGCGCAGACCCGCCGGCUGCUCCUGCAGGAUACAGUGGAGAAGUUCCGCUUCUUCAGCAUGGUGCGCGACCUCAUGCUGUGGAUGGACGGGGUCAACCUGCAGAUCGACGCCCACGACCGGCCCAGAGACGUGUCCUCGGCCGGGCUCGUCAUCAACAACCACCAGGACAUCAAAUCUGAGAUCGAGGCCAGGGCCGACAGCUUUAACGCCUGCAGCAAAAUGGCCAACGCGCUCAUUGCCAAGAAUCACUACGCCGCUGACGAGAUACGUGAGAAGAUGGACCAACUGCAGGCCAAGAGGGAUGAGAUCAACAAGAAGUGGAAGGACAAGAUGGAGCACCUUCAAAUCUUGCUGGAGGUGCUGCAGUUCGGGCGGGACGCCUCGGUGGCUGAGUCCUGGCUGGCAGGGCAGGAGCCGCUGGUGCGCGCGGCCGACCUGGGCGCCAACGUGGACGAGGUAGAGAGCCUGAUCAAGCGGCACGAGGCCUUUGAGAAGCUGGCCACCGGCUGGGAGGAGCGCUUCACGCAGCUAGAGAGGCUCACCACGCUGGAGGAGCAGGAGCUACAGCGGAGGAGAGAGGAAGAGGAGAGGGCGCGCCGGCCUCCCACACCCCCCCCUGCCGAGGAGGUGGUACAGUCUGAGGCAGAGAGCCAGGCCAGGACCAGCUUGGACCAGACCACUCUGAACCAGUCGGUGUCGGUGAACGGUGUCCACAGCGAUCAGGACACCUCACAGUCAGUGUCCGUGGGCAGGACACCUGAGCCUGCACCACAGUCCGCGGAGCCUGGGUCUGAGGGGGAGUCUGUGAAUGGUCCGGGCGGGGACAGUGGCCUGCCGUCCUCCGCCUGCCCUGAGGCCACCCCUGCCUUUGCCACACUGCCCAGCAAGACCAGCACCGAGCCACCGGCUGCUGAGGACAUGGAGGGCUUGCUGUGCCGUAAGCACGAGAUGGAGUCGCACACCAAGAAGGCUGCCAGCAGAUCCUGGCAGAAUGUGUACUGCGUGCUGCGCAAGGGAAGCCUGGGAUUCUACAAGGAUAGCAAGAGCGCCAGCACUGGCAUCCCCUAUCACGGAGAGGUGCCUGUCAACCUGGCUGAGGCUGUCUGUGAUGUUGCCCAUGACUACAAGAAGAGGAAACACGUCUUCAAGCUGCGGUUGAGUGACGGAAAGGAGUACCUAUUCCAGGCCAAAGACGAGGCUGAGAUGAGCUCCUGGAUGUCCUCCAUCAGCACCUCUAUUCGGGUGGGUGCGGCUGCAGGUGGGGCAGAAGACUCCCCUGUGGGCCCCAAAGUCCUGACCCGGGCCAUGACCAUGCCACCCAUCUCGCCCAGCUCUGGGGAGACCAGCAUGGUCACCCUGCGGAACAAGGAGGGCAAGGAACGGGACCGCGAGAAGAGGUUCAGCUUCUUCAGCAAGAAGAAAUAAAAACAACACACAAGUACUUUAAAAAAUAAUAAAAAUGAGAAAAAAACACCAAGCAACAGAAUGAGUCAGAAAGUGAAGUGAAGGUGUGGCAUCAGAAUCUUCUCCCUCAGUCCCCAUCCUGUACUGUGAGCUUCUCAUCUCCCCCCACCGAAACCCUGCCCCCGCCACCAGCUCUUUACUCUAGCCUACAGUUUCCUCUCUGGUUGAUUAACAGGAUUUGAUUGGCCGAGUGACUGGUGGCAUUGCGUUAGAAACUGCAGUAAGAGAGCUCAAUGAGACAGCGAUUUGGGACACAGACGGCCCCCUAACGGCACCAUCCCCAGCCUGCAGGGCUAAAGGAGUCACUCUCUCCUUCAGAGAUCCCUCCUCUAAAGCCGGGGGACCAGCUGUCUCUCCAAUUCUUAAAAGGAUGUGUUUUCUUGAUUCUAAAUCCUUUUAGAAAACUGCCCCUGAGACGA